GCAAGCACGGGGGUGAAGUGAACUACUGCUCUUGCACUCGAAGCCAUAGCUUGCCGUUGGCACUUAUUUCAACUUUUUACAUUUAGGAUUUCAAUUGUGAAGUCAGGAUGGAACGGCGUCUUGUAUCGUAUGCAAAUACGUCUGCUGACGUAGUAGAUCAUGUGGGUUUUGGCGUAGAUCCCCCAGUGAUCGCCAAUUUUUUGCGGCUGUUGUCUAUAGGAUUCGGUUAGAAUCUGCACUCGUGGAAAAGUACGCGAUUUUGGAGUCUUGCUGUCAAUAACCUCGCAUCUCAGGCUUUUCCGUUGGUGGUAGGCAGGUGAAGCAACAAGAGAACAUUGACUGAGAAUAAGGGUGGCAGAGGAGGAAAACUGGCCACACAGGACCUGGCCAUCACCACAAACAUUAUUCUUAAGAGGAAGAAGACCAUCUCUGACAGAGUAGACUGUGUGGUCUGGGAUGAAGUCUCAUGAAGUCUUCAAUAGGAGCUGACAUUAAGAGUCAGCGGAAUCAUCUUUUACUGAUCCUCCACCAGACCAAGACCUGCCGAUUGCCCAUCAUCAGAUUCCCCCCGCAUUGCACCAUCUUACUCCCUGACCAUGGCUAGUCGGAGAAAGUCAACAACACCCUGCAUGAUCCGACCAGAUGAAAUGGUAGCAACAGAUGAUGAAGAUGAAAUGGAUUCCUGUGUAGACAGUACAGAGGAGAAUGGAUCCUCACAUGUUUCAUCUAAUGAGGACUGGACAGACAGAAAUAGUUAUGUGAACUCAAUGCACAAGGCAGCAGAGGAGGAGAAACCAGAGUUAAAAACUCAACCUCAGAGGAAAAUCCAGGGAGGCUAUGAGUGCAAAUACUGUCCUUUUUCUACACAAAACCUCAACAAAUUCAAAGAGCAUGUUGAUUCCAACCACCCAAAUGUUAUACUCAACCCACUAUACUUGUGUGCGGUUUGCAAUUUCAACACAAAAAAGUUUGAUUCUUUGACAGAACACAAUGAGAAAUGUCAUCCUGGGGAAAGCAACUUCAAGUUUAAGAGGAUCAAACUCAACAGUCAGACCAUUCUAGAACAGACAAUCGAAGGUUCUAACUGCGCAGUCAUCUAUGAUGCAGCCAGCCCUCAGUCACGAGACUUCACUGCUUUUCCUCUGAGCAAAUCCUUGACAGUUAAGAUGGGUAAGCCAAAAGCAGACAGUAUAUCAGACAGUAUAUGGUUUCCAGGAGAUAGUAAGUUGGAUAAACUCACUCCAGAGCUAUCUAAAAAGAAAAUUACUGCAGUGAAUGUGAAUGGGACUGUGAUAAUCCCAGAUGCAACUCUUAAAGAUGGCCUUUCUCAUAUAAUGCCCUCCCUGCAACGCCCACCUAACUAUAAUUUGGUUCCAAAAAUUGCCGUCCCCUUGAACACUUCAAAAUACAACCCCUCACUGGAUGGCAACCUGACCCUCAUCACUUCCUUUAACAAGUUUCCCUAUCCUACUCAAGCAGAGCUUUCUUGGCUCACUGCAGCCUCUAAACACCCAGAAGAACAAAUUAAAGUGUGGUUCACUACCCAAAGGCUAAAACAAGGUAUUAGCUGGUCUCCAGAAGAGGUUGAGGAAGCACGAAAGAAAAUGUUCAACGGAACAAUUCAGCCUGAUCAAAAAACUUUCACUGUUUUACCUGCUCAGUUAACACAGUCCACUAAAGCUUCACAGUCCCUAAUCCAGACCAUCCCUUGCCAUGUCCUUGGACAAUCCAGCCUAGUGUUGACACCAGUUGCCAAUGGCUCCUCUGUAACUAGUGCUCCUCUCACACUAACAGUUGCAAAUCAAAUAGCACAGGGUGUCAAGAGGCCCCACACAGCACCACUGGCUGCUGCUGAGGUAAAGAGGCCUUCAAUAAUCCAGUCCAUUCAGAGUACUCCCAAGUCUGUCUCUCCAACACAAAGUCUUUCUUCAGAUUGUGAAAAAACGUCUGAUCAGAUCAGAGAACUGACUGCCAGCUAUGCUCGAUGCCAGUUUCCUGAUGAUGAAGAAGUGUAUCGUCUCAUCGAGAUGACUGGGCUCUCUUGGGGAGAGAUCAAAAAAUGGUUCAGUGAUCAACGCCAUGGUAACCUGAAGGCAGUGCAACAAAUUCAAAUAGACCUCUCUACGAAGGACAGCCAACCUUAUAAACCUGUUGCCACCCAGUUUCCACUUCUUGAGAGAGUAAAAGGUAAAUCCACUGAGCAAAUGAAAAAGUUAGAGGAAAGUUUCCAAAGGACUUGCUUUCCAACCCUGGCUGAGAUAGAGCACCUUGUGGCUGAAACCAGGCUUGCCAAAAAUGAAAUAGACUGCUGGUUUACAGAGCGUCGUGCACUACGAGACAACUUGGAACAAGCCUUGCUCAACUCGAUGGGAUCAAAACGACUGGAGCAUCAUCUACAAAUUGGGGCACUGAAUGGAGACCAUGAGCAGGACAGUCAAGCCAGGGACUCUCCUCUUCCCAUUCUCACGUCCUCCAUGUGUCCAGAGGACAUUGACAGCAAGUCUCUUGGCCUUCUUAAGGACAUGUUUGCAAAAACUCAGUGGCCCGCACCAGAGGAGUACAACCAACUAGAAAUCCAAACAGGGAUUGUUCGUACAGAAAUUGUUCGCUGGUUUAAGGACAACAGGUCUGCUCUGAAGAAUGGAACCUUAGAUUGGCUGGAGCAAUUUCAGAAUCUUAGCAACAAAAGACAGAAUGGGCAGAACAACUCCUUGAUUGGAGAGCACGCACAAUGUGUUAUGCAGAGGCACUUUAAUGAGGCAAUGGUGCAAAAAGGGGAAGGUUUUGAGAAGCUGGCAGAACAGUCAAAACUAACCAACCAGGACAUAGUUGAAUGGUUCACCAGUAAACUGGUGCCUGACAUCAGCAAGAGCAAGGACCAACAUGGACAGACAAGUGUAGACGGCAAGAGGUGGAUAUCCUUGGCAGCUGACGGAAAAAACUAUGAUGCACAGAAAGUGUCACUAGACCUUGAAGUGCUGUCAGCAGAGCACAGAGUGACAGGAUGAACUGGAGGAAAUCAGGCUGAUAUGAAUGAACUAGAUAGGCCUGAUGAUUAAGGAAUAUCAUCGUGUAUGGAACCAAUAAUCUCAUAUCUGGACUCCGACGUUAUCAGAGAUAUGGACUUGGAGAGUCUGAAUCACUGUCCGGAGAGUGACCAUGCAGUGCCAAAGUUUGACUGCUAUGUUAUUAUUGUUUGUUUUUUAAAAGGGCCCUUGUAAAUAUUUUUUUCUGUACGUAACAGAUUUGUAAAAACAAUUUUGAAGAUAAGACUUUUACAUUUGAGUCCCAAGACAUUUCCCUUAAACCUUAUAAUGGAAUGUUAAAUAAUUUUUGUGAGAGGACACAAAACCAAGCCACCUGCUAGUGAAGCUGGCAUAGUUGAAUCCAAGAGAACAUAUUGUGGUCCAUGAUAGACACAU